UGAUGGAGACGGAAGAAAUAAUAGUGUGUGAUGGAAGUCUGGAAGGUUCUGAACAUGAAGAUUGUGAAAUGGACGAAGAUAUUGAAAUAAUCGCCGAACUAACAUCCGAACAGAAAAUUCAUUUAGCAGAGGAGAAAAAGAUUGAAGGGAAUUGGUUUUAUACGCAGAAAAAAUACAAAGAUGCUUUGGAAAUGUAUACAGCGGCCAUAGAUAUUUGUCCCACAUGUGCUGCAUUCUAUGGAAACCGUUCAGCUACUUAUAUAAUGCUGAACAAAUAUCAGGAGGCACUGGAUGAUUCACGAAGAGCAAUAGCUUUGGACAGUAAUUUUGUAAAGGGUUAUCUACGGGAAGGAAAAUGUCAUCUUGCAAUGGGAAAUGCCAUGGCUGCCUUAAACAGUUAUGAGAAAGUUUUAUUAUUGGAGCCCAACAACAAUGCUGUGAAGUCUGAGAUGAAUAAUGCCAAGGCAGUGUUGCAGUUUGUGGAAGCUGCGGAGAAAGACUUUGAAAAGGGAGAUUUUAGAAGGGCUCUGUACUGUAUGGAUAGGUGUAUAGAUCAUUCUCCAGCAUGUCCUAGGUUUAAAGUAAUGAAAGCUGAGGCUUUGGCACAUCUGGGGCGAUACCAAGAGUCUCAAGAAACUGCAAAUGAUGUUAUUAGAUCGGACAGUUUGAAUGCAGAUGCUAUCUUUGUAAGAGGGAUGUGCCUUUACUAUGAAGAUCAGGUGGAUAAAGCCUACCAACAUUUUCAACAAGUAUUAAGGCUAGCUCCAGAUCACGUCAAGUCUAAGAACAUAUACAAGAAAGCCAAAAGCCUUAAAGCAAAGAAGGAAGAAGGCAACCAAGCUUUUAGAAGUGGGAAUUUGGAAGAUGCUUACAGACUUUAUUCAGAAGCUUUGCUAAUUGACACAAAUAAUAAGUCAGUCAAUUCCAAGCUCUACUGUAACAGGGCAACUGUGUGUUCCAAACUAACCAAACUAGAGGAAGCCAUAGAGGACUGCUCGAAAGCUAUUGAACUAGACAGUAAAUAUUUAAAAGCAUAUUUGAGGAGAGCAAAAUGUUAUACAGAUACAGAACAAUAUGAAGAAGCUGUGCGGGACUAUGAAAAGGUUUUUAAUAUGGAAAAAACUCAUGAGCACAAAAGAUUACUUAAGGAGGCAAAACUAGAAUUGAAGAAGAGUAAAAGGAAAGACUAUUAUAAGGUGCUAGGGGUCAGCAAACAUGCCUCUGAAGAUGAAAUAAAAAAAGCAUACAAAAAGAGGGCACUGGUUCACCAUCCAGAUCGCCAUUCCCAUGACACCCCAGACAAACAGAAAGAAGAGGAGAAGAUUUUCAAAGAGAUAGGAGAAGCUUACAGUAUUUUGUCUGAUUCUAAGAAAAAGGCUUGUUACGAUAGCGGUCAAGAUUUAGAAGACAUGGAAGGUGGUUUUGCAGACUUUGACCCCAACACGAUAUUUCAAGCUUUCUUUGGAGGAAAUCAGGGAUUUCAUUCAUUUGGUGGUCAUGGAUUUGGAGGACAUCAUUCAAACUCCUUCCACCACUCAAAUAGCUUUCCCGGUGGCUUUACUUUCCAGUUUGGUUAAUCAUGGGGGACCGGUCAGAGUACUUGAAUGCUGUGGCUUGUGUGCACAAAAAAAGAUUUGACUUACUUACUCAGGUUUGGCACCAUCUUACUUGAUGUCAUACUCAAGCGCUAAGUAAAUAAAUAACACCCCAUCACAUCAUUUAUUUCAUUAGACCCAUCCAACCAAACUUGAGUAUUACAUACUCAGAUUGCCAUUGUAUGUUGGGCCAAGUUAAGUCUACUUUGUGUAUAUUCCCAAACCAAGUAUUUAUUAAAGAACUCAAACCAAUCCAACUGACAGGAAUGCGUCAUUGCCCUGCCAAAUUGAGGAAUAUGAAACAAACUAUUUGAAAUAUUUCUGAUUGCUUCCUAGCGAAGCAUGUGCUCUGACAAAUGUACAGGACUGCAGCUUUCUGUUCAUGCAGGGAAUGAUUGACUAUUUUUGCUCACUAUGGUUCCAACCAAUAGUGCUACUGUAUAUUUAUUCUGGCCUGUAGAUAUGUACGUAUAGUUAUAUUCAGUGAAUAUAAAUGAGCACAAGAGAUCUACAUUAGAUCAUCUGUCUUCAUUACAUGAUUUUUAAGGGAGUGUGAUAAUUUUUGUUUUGUUUUUUUUUAGCUUCCAAUUUCAGACUUAAUUUAAAAUACAAUAUAGCUCAUGUUAUUUGAAGGAAGGUGAAUUUUUAGUAAGGGUCAUAAAACAGUAAUGUCAUCUGUGUAUGUCUUGCCCUGUAAGUCAGGUUUAUUACAAAUCUUAACAACCAUGUCCAGUAGAACUUCAAUUUGUUGUAUGUUACUCAAACCCCAUUGUGCCUGAUGGUUUUAAAGGUGUGUACCAAUAUUACAUAAAAGUGAUGAUAAUAAUAACAUAGAAAAAACCUUAAGUAAUAGUCUUGGAUUAAGCUUCCAUUUUCUGUCACAAUCAGGAUUGCACCAAGAGAUUUGAUUGUGAAUGUUUGAAAAUUAUUACAUAACUGAUGUAGUUGGAAUUAAAGUUUUUUUUAUCCAAAAGUGGUAUUUUACGGUUAUUAACAUCAUUAUUGGGAGGCCAUUUCUACACUGAUGUUUCUGAUUCUUGUAUUAUAUUUGUAUGAUACAGUUUUAUGCACUAGAACUAGAGACUCUGGCAUGUAGUCAUGUUCAUGAGAUUCAGAUUAUUUCCAAACAGGUCUUUUCCUUUGAUACCUGUAUCAAUCCAGUGGAGAUAAUAUUAAUUCAAGUUAUAUGUCACUGAGUUAAAAGACAAGCUCCCAUUACUGUCUGCAUUGUUUUCUUUUGUGCUCAUUUUAAGAUCAUAGAUCCUGGAAGGAAAGUUUGGAAUUGCUUGCCUUGCAAGAGUUGGUCACAUGCAAAGAACUUUAAGGCACUGACUGUUUUAGUAGAGAUUUUUUUUUCAUUUUUUAAAUUUUAAAUUUAUGUUUAAAGAGAGGAGAUGGUAAUUCAAUUAAUUCAGUUUUUUUAUAAUUACAUUUCAAAGAAGAGCUCACCCAAGCAAGCCUAUUUGAAGUAGUGACAAGUUUUUAUUAAUAAUAAAGCAUUGAAUGUGAAACUGA